CGGCGGGGAGCCGGGCGGGUGGCUGCGCAUCUCCGGUCGGCCGCGUCCGGAACGAGAGCCUGGAGGGCGGCUGGCUUGACGGAACCAGCGAAAGGAGAGGAUGAACGGAAGAGCUCAGCUCUGGCCGCCGGGCUGAGACCCGCGGCUCGGCGCUGGGCUUCGCGUCUAAUGAGCCAUCUGAGUUUUCUGCCAUCUGCAAGCCGUGCCAUUAGGGAAGCCAUUUUUAAUUAAUAGUUAACUUGCAGAUCUCGACACGUAUCUCUGUUCAAAGUCCAACUAAAAGCCGUGCUGGAAUUUACAUUUCUGUCACGGAAACGCGUUGCAGCCCGCUAAGCUAGAAUCGAGUCUAUCCCUGCAGUGACGGCUGCAUCCCAACAGCACGGCAGGGCCGCGGUUCGCCCCUUUGCGGGCGAUGCUCGCUCUGUUAACGCGCGGCUUUGCUGUUUCUCCGCAGCUGACGGAGCUGCUGCACUGGUACGCCACCGCCUUCCGGGACCCCCUGAUGCUGCACCCCCCGGAGUGGUUCAAGGCGUUCAUAUAUUGCGAAGCCUUCUUACAGCUGCCGUUCUUUCCCGUUGCAGCGUACGCCUUCUUAAAAGGUGGCUGCAAAUGGAUAAGGACUCCUGCGAUUAUAUACUCCACCCAUGUAGCUACAACGUUGUUUGCUAUCCUGGCUCACAUCCUGUUCCAUGAUUUCUCAACGUCAGAGCAUCGGGGUCCUCAGACACUGCGCGAGCGCCUCAUUCUGUUAUCUAUAUAUGCACCGUACUUGCUGAUACCACUUCUGAUUCUUUUUACCAUGCUGUACAGCCCCCAGUACAACCAGGUGGAGAAAAGGAAAAGGAAGUAGUCUGCUGCAAAAGGUGUAAGCACAACUUCCCCAUUAGUUUUGAUCCAGUCCUCUGUUGACAAACGCAAGCAGUGAUGCUGGCUGCAAUUCCUGUUACCAAGCGUCAGAUUCCUGCAAGGAAAGUUUGAAUUGGUUUUUGUUCACAGCCCUUCCAUUAGAAAUAGGUUUGGCAGAAGCCUGUGUUGGCAGUUCCAGGUGGUACCUGGGUAUCUGUAGCUUAAGGGACCUGGCAGCUCCCUUCCCACUGUCAAUUUUUUGUGGUACUUCUGUGUUAGGAAAAUGAACUUCCAACCAUUAAAUGCAUAACUGUGUGAUGGAGGCUGGAAACUCCAGCCCAUGCUUUUCCUUCAACUUUCCUUUCUCCAAGGUUACUUCAGGUUGAAAUUUGUCUUCCAAUAACAUAUUCUAUAAAAUCCUUAACUGAUUACAUACAAAUUUGCAAAGCUAAAAUCUUUUUCUCAGCUACUUUUGAAACAUUUCAGAUCAUGUAACAAUUCUUAAAUUCCUCAUCUUUUCAUCUAAAAUGUCACCUUAUUUUUCUCUGUUCCAAUUUUGAUUACUUGCAAAUGCCUGGUCAGUGGUAAAUGUGCCAAAAUCUGGAUUUCUGAAUGCUUUCUUUUGCUUGGCAAUUCCUCCUGCAUUUCUUCAAGUACUUUAGUAGCUGUAAACAAGGAUUUGUAAACUUUUCCAUGAAUUAACUUCUAGUGUGAAAAUAAAUAACUGCAUCCAAAUUGCAUUUAAUUUCUGAAAGGAAUAAUUAAAACCAAUAUAAUCUGUGGGAGCUUAGAUAAAGAAAAAUAAUUGUGUUAUACUUUGAAGUCAUAGAAAAUAAAACCAACUGCUGGCAGACUUUCUCAGUUUGAUCUGUAAGAAUAAAACAUGAAGACUUGUGUAAAAUUACA